CAUCGUUCUGAGAAAAUGAAGCAUGUUUCUGGGGCAGUAAAAUGUGAUUCAUGUGCUGCUUUUUUAUUCUCUUUCUUUAGGGCUGGUAAAAUUUCUAGUAUUGGUAGAGGCAAAUCAUUCACAUUCACUUUUACUGAUCGUGUGGAGGGACGUUAUGUGACUGUGGUUGUACCAGGUUCAUCAAAGAUCCUUACACUCUGUGAAGUGGAAGUCUACGGGUACCGUGCCCCAACUGGCGAGAACCUGGCACUUCAAGGAAAAGCCACACAGUCAUCACUGUACAUGUUUGGCGCUGCAUACAAUGCCAUAGAUGGUAACAAUGGCAGCAGGUGGGACGACGGCUCCUGCACUCACACAAACAACAACAUCGACCCCUGGUGGAGACUGGAUCUGCGCAAAACCCACAAAGUGUUUUCUGUUAAAAUAACCAACCGAGAUGAAGACGCAGAACGACUCAAUGGAGCUGAGAUUCGCAUUGGAGAUUCUCUCGCAAACUUUGGCAACAGCAAUACCAGGUGUGCUGUGAUCACAAGUAUUCCAGCAGGUGGUGUUGGUGAGUUCAAGUGUAAUGGGAUGGACGGACGCUAUGUCAACAUAGUCAUCCCAGGAAGAGAAGAGUUCCUGAGUCUGUGUGAGGUGGAGGUGUAUGGCUCUCGCCUGGAUUAGCUCUGAAGAAGUUUACAAUGCGUAACAAAAACAAAUCACUUCAUUGUAAACUUAUUCAUUAGCUCCUAGUGAUUCCAUUUGUACGAUUUUGUUAACACCACUUCUUAGUGCAUACAUAUUAUUAAGUUUGGCCAUGUUUCAAUUUCUAAUCUAAUGCUAGAUUUUUGGUGUACUGUCACCUGCUGCAGGAUAAAAACUAUGUAAUCAAUACUGAAAUAUAAUUAAAUCAUUAAAACAGCC